AAGUCAUUCAGUUGUAGCGUUUUACAGUGAGCGGAGCGCGCUGAGGAAUGUCCCUAGUCGACAUGUCAAUGUACCCAUACCAGACUAACUCACCAACAGYAAGCAAUAAUAUGAUUGGACCAGUUUAUGGCAAUCAGAACUACGCGGAUUUCUAUCGUCCAGCCUCGUCACCUUAUUCAUCUGUACAUUUUCCAAUGUACAGCCAUGCAGGACAGUACGAACCGCGACAUGAUAGRUUCUAUGGUCCACCUAUUCCAAGAUCACAACACCAUUCACGACAAGACAUGGUGAAGCCUCCAUACAGCUACAUAGCACUGAUAGCAAUGGCGAUUCAAAGUGCACCAGACAAGCGGGUUACUCUAAGCGGGAUUUAUCAGUUUAUUAUGGACAGAUUCCCCUAUUACAGGAACAAUAAACAAGGAUGGCAGAACUCAAUUAGGCAUAAUCUCUCACUUAACGAGUGCUUUGUGAAGGUUCCUCGUGAUGAUAAAAAACCCGGCAAGGGCAGCUACUGGAUGUUGGAUCCCGACAGUCUWAAUAUGUUCGAGAAUGGAAGCUACUUAAGAAGAAGAAAACGCUUUCGAAAGAAAGAUGUGGUUAAAGCCGAAGACGUGGGUAAAAACUGCGAGAACAAAGACAAAACAGAGGACACUUCCGCUGGAGAAAAUUCAGAACCAAAUAAUAGUGACAAUCAUACAAGCACUUCCGUUAACGACGAUCGUGACCAGCUUUCAAAAGACUCAAAAACAAAGCUUGAAAACAACUCGGACGACGACAGCWGCUCGUCUCCUGAUAGAGAAAUGGUAGUGGUGAAUAUUCUACAAGCGAAGCAAGGCUCUCCUCAAACGACAGUAAAGAAAGAGCCGUACGGGUUGGAUGGUGAUGAUGGUCACAACCGCGCAACUCCGCCGUCCUUCCCAACAGCUCCACCGCGCGCUGGUUCUUACGAAGAUCACCAGACGAAUUAUGGAUACAAUAACUACAAUGGUUAUACAGGUAGCCAGCCAAAUUACACUCCACAAGCAUAUGCRUGCGAAACGUCCAGUUACUCAAACCAACACAGCCCGGCUAACACAGAACCACGGCAAGCAAUGAGCCAUUUUGUAAGCGAGUCGCCGAACGAUCAUGGAGCUCGUUAUCCAGCACAUCUUAGUCACUAUACACAAUCCAAUGGACAUACAGGAUCUGAAGAUCAUCAUCCCCGUCAACAGCAAACUCCUUACACUGACUUUGAUUCUAAUAGAGCACAGUGGUWUAACAGCCAUCAUCAGUACACAAGCAGUCAAGUUAUAACAACAGAGCCAGCAGUAGUUCCUUCGCCACCUCAAAAUCACCAAGUUCCAGCCAGCCAUCUCACCUUUCCUAACGUUCGCGAAAUGUUCGAGUCUCAGAGGCUUGUGAUGCCUAAUGGUUCUACUGCGGGAAGAUGUACUGGCGUUCAACCAGUCCAAGGUCAGUUUGGAACUGCUAGUACAGCUUAUAAUGGCAACUCGGGAGCUAUGUAUUGACAUUCGAGAUCGAUAAAAGUACGAGACUCGUUUGCAGUGACAUUUUUUAUUACAUUUUGUCUGACUAGUGAGUUUUAAAGACUUUGAACUCAAUCUCUYUUAUGAUAUACAUAAUAUAGACACGUCGUAAAUGCUUUUACGCCUAAGAGUUAAUUUUUGAAAGCAUACGGUCUUUUAGUUCAAACAGUCAAUCAAAUUAUUUGUCCUUAUGAAUAGAAGUCAGUCRCAUCAUGGAUUAGAUGCCCUAGGAUUCAAAGGGUUUGACAAUUUAACCAUUCUGGAUAAACUCAUCCUAAAUCGUUCUUUCACUAACAUAGAACAUCACAUUAAGCUCGUCUUUGAUCUCCURCUAAUUCACAGCACGCAAAGAGCAUGUAGGUUUAAUCUCUAUUUGUCAAACUAUUUUGGCUAUUUUAGUACAUAUUUUGCGCCAAAAAAGUACAAAUAUGUACAAGUAAAGUGUCGAAKCAUCCCACAGUCUACUACGGACACUCACUUAGAUUGUUGUAAUGCCUUAAUCGUAUUAGUGGAAGUAUAAUUAUUGAUCCAAAGCAUAUAUAAACUAUUACAUAGACAAUAUUUUGUAUUGUAAAUAGUCAUUGGAGUUUAUUUUUUGUUAUUGUGAAACUGUUUAUAUGUGAGCUAGAAUACUUUGCUAGAGUGAAGAAAGCUUUUGUUUCUGUGAAGUAUUCGAGCAGCACUCUAGCGCUAUGUACCAAGGCGAGAGGUGUCUCUACAAGUUUACAAAUAAAGCUUAAAUGCGAAUCAAG